AUCAGAGGAAGUUAACAUCCACAGCAUGGGUGGGUGAUGUUUCAAGGAAGAGUUUUUGCCAUAUAUUGAAAAGAAGGACUGACAGAGACAGAAGAUGGCUAAUAAGUGUCAUAUAUGCCUGCUUGGACUGAUCAUUCUCUGUCCACUUUUCACAGGUAUCAAUGGAGUGGAAGAGACUCGUGUGUUCUGCAGUUUUGGUGAAGAUGUCAUUCUGCCCUGUAAUAAUGCUCUUUCUGACUGCAACUCAACUACAUGGAACUAUAGUAGAAAUAGAAAUUCAGCUGCAGUUGAACUGUUUGCUGGAGGGAUGAAGAAGUAUGACAUAAAGAGACAUGAGAGACUGAGUCUGGGGUCUAACUGCUCUCUGAACAUCGAUAAAGCAACAGAAGAAGAUCAUGGUCAUUACACCUGUCUGCAGUAUGUGAAUAAACAAAGACACGGAAAUGAUGCCAGAGUUUUACUGCAUGUCCUACAUAUCUUUCCAUCAUCCACACAGAAUGAGAUCAGACCAGGCAACUCUGUGACUCUCUCCUGUCAGUUGUAUUCACAUGAUGGAGUCUCUUGUGAUAUUUUGGACCAUACUGAAGGAAUCCAGCUGUUCUGGGUGAAUCAGGCUGGUGCUAAUCUGCAGACAGACUCCAGAUAUCUGAUAUCAUCAUCAGGACACUGUAACAUCACUCUGACUACAACACUCCUGAAUGAAGACAACAACAUAGAGUGGAGAUGUCAGGUUAAUGAGAGAAAUGAAGUUAAGACCUCAGCCAGCUACACUGUCAAGUAUUUGGGUCCACUUGACACACCAAUAACACCUACACAAGUUAUUGUGAUUGUUGUUGUGAUAGCUGCAUUAGCUGUUCUCAUUCCUGCUGUUGUUCUCUCUGUGAUUUGUAGAAAAAGAGCUGAAAAUAGAAAAGGGAUUGACAGCUCUAUGGUCACAUAUAAGGAUGAAUAUAAAGGGACCUAUGAAACAAUCAACAUUUCCAUUCCUACUACUCCAAGCGCCAAUGGGCAGACAGAUGUUGUGACUUAUUGUGAAGUUACUGCUUCCAGUUCAAAACAAAUGAAAAAGAACAAUGUUCAUUCUUAUGAUAAAGUGACUUAUGCUACCAUCAGAUGAGCAAAAGCUGGACCCCAGGAGGACUGCAGUGAACUUUAUGCUUUCAUUCAUUACGCAAACUGCAGCAUGACCUCAUAAUAUCAUGAGCAGAGGAAUAUGAACCUUAUACAGUUGACUCUUACAGUUUUUCCCAAUUGCUCAGGCACAUUUUUUUUAGGUAAAACACAUUUACCAGUACUAAAUUAAACCAACAUUAGAAACUCAGUAGUACAAACUUUUAAAACUAAAUAAAAAAAAUAUAUAUAUGAUAUGAUAAUAUGAUAACAUUGAUCAAAAUCUAACUUUGACUUCAAACGGAUCACAAAGCCAUUAGAUACUCAGACUGACUGAACACCCAGUACACAUUGUGUUAAAACAGUACAAUACAAUGCUUAAAUUACAGUAAGUAACAUAUGCAUGUAAAAUAGAACACUGUCACAUUUUGAAUAAUUCCUAAAAAUAGAGUUUUGGUUUUAUAUUGACAGUAUUGUUUUGAGAAAAUGGUGUUUCAUUUGAAAAAUUCAAGGGUUCAUCACUAUCAAUAACAACUAUAAGUUUGAAUGUAAACAAGAACAAAAUUACAUUUCAAAAACUUCUUGAUAGUACACCAGGUUUGCUAAUUCAAGAGCAAAUUACUGUUAAAAUAUUUCCAAAAUACAGUAUAAGAAAAAUAUAUAUAUAUAUUGUACAGUAUAAAGAAUGUACAAUUAUUUAUUCUGAAUCAGCAUCUUGGUCAGCAGUCUGAGUCAGGCCAGAGAGUCUCAUCUACACCCAUGUCACUUCUGGCCAGAUAACAAGGGGAAACAGAUCUCCAAGGUAACAUUCUUAUAAGGUACCUUCUGGAGAAAGGUUUCCUGCUUACAGUAAAUUUGGCGUGUGAACAAUCUUGCUUAUUAGUGUUCAUUUAACAGCUUUGCAACUUGUAUGAAACAUGAGUCAUAUUUAGAGAGAUCUGUAUUUUCUUUUGAAAAAAAAAGCAUGAUGGUUUAGGAUGUUUGGCUAAUAAAAUUAAUUUUAUUGUGUAA